UCUUCCGGGCCCGAGAGUUUAGGACCCCGGGUUGGUGGGGUCAGAAGGAGCUGGGGGCUCCUUGCUCCGGGACGGCUGGGCCUGCUGGGGUGCUGGGCGCCUCGUGUGGCCCCCGGAACAGCUUAUGUCCAGCUCCGCUUCCUGCUCUGGUUUACUGCAGUGGAUUAGAGUGUGAAAGUCCGCAUCCGAACAGGCUUGGGACUGAAGUCGGCUCUGCUACUUUCUGGUUGUGUGACGUUGGGAAAGUUUCUUAAUGUCUUUUUUCAUCUACGUGCGGGGUUUCUGAUCCCCACCUUGGCUGUGACCACUGAUGGAGCAAGAGCAAAAACUGUUGGUCUCAGAUUCUAGUGGCUUCCAGGAGAGGGAGAGUUUGAAAAGCCCUUUUACAGGAGGUGAAAGUAAGAAUAAUUUGGAAACUGUUCAACACCAUAACUCCAAGGCAGAGAAAGAGAAAGCCUCAAAAUGGUCUAAAGGAGAUGGUCUGCAAAAUUGUAAGCAUGAGGAUACAAAAGAAAUUCCAUUGACAUGGUCCCAAGGAAAUGAGAUCUGGUGUAAUGAUUCCUAUGAGAAUGAUGGCAAGUCAGAGAAUCAGGGAAAUUCUAAAGGAAAAGAAGAAAAACCCAGUCACGGGGGAUGGGACCCAGGAGAACACUGCAGUGCCUCUGUCCAGCAGAAUUCGACCUUCAAAGACAAACCCUAUAAAUGUUCUGAAUGUUGGAAAAGCUUCAACAACAGUUCCCAUUUGCGUAUUCACCAGAGGACCCACUCAGGAGAAAAACCUUAUAAAUGCUCUGAGUGUGGGAAAUGCUUCAGUAACAGCUCUCACCUGAUUCAACAUCUGCGAACACACACAGGAGAGAAGCCCUACCAGUGUGCUGAAUGUGGGAAAAGCUUCAGCAAUACCUCCCAUCUAAUUAUCCAUGAGAGGACUCACACGGGAGAGAAACCCUAUAAAUGUCCUGAGUGUGGAAAGAGCUUUAGUAGCAGCUCCCACCUUAUUCAGCACCACAGAUCACAUACUGGUGAAAAACCAUAUGAAUGUCCUGUUUGUGGGAAAUGCUUCAGCCACAGUUAUGUCCUGAUAGAACAUCAGAGGAUUCACACUGGAGAAAAACCUUAUAAGUGCCCUGACUGUGGAAAGAGUUUUAGUCAGAGUUCUAGCCUGAUUCGCCACCAGCGGACACACACAGGCGAGAAACCCUACAAGUGUUUUGAGUGUGGAAAAAGCUUUGGUUGUAAUUCGACUCUCAUAAAGCAUCAGCGAAUUCAUACUGGAGAAAAACCAUAUCAGUGUACAGAAUGCGGGAAGAGUUUCAGUCGAAGUUCCAACCUAAUCACACACCGGAAAACCCAUGCAGGAGGAAAGCCCUAUGAAAGUUCUGAAUACGAAGAAAGUUUGAGUCAGAACUGUAGUGUGAUAGAAGACUGCAGAAUCCAGCCUGGGGAGAAGCCAUACAAAUGUUGCGAAUGUGGAAAGCGUUUUGGCCUCAGCUCCCAUCUUAUUAGACAUCAGAGAACACACACGGGAGAAAAACCUUACAGGUGUUCAGAGUGUUGGAAGACUUUUAGUCAGAGCUCCACCCUGGUGAUUCACCAAAGGACACACACAGGAGAGAGACCUUACAAGUGUCCUGAGUGUGGUGAGUGCUUCAGUCAGAGCUUUAAUCUUAUCAGGCACCGGAGAACUCACAUGGGAGAAAAACCUUACAAAUGCAGUGACUGUGAUAAAUGCUUCAGCAGAAGUGCCUAUCUCAAUCAGCAUAGGAAAACUCACAUAGAAAAGUCUUUCGAGUCUCCUGAAGUUGAAGCUUUUCCUCAUGGGUGGACUUGGAAAAACUGUCCAGCGGAAAUAGCCCUCAUCUCUUUUUCGGUCCCAAACCCAUCUUCCUCUUGAGUCCCAAAGCCUGUUUAUUUAUUUAUUUUUUCCUUUUCUUAGUGGACCAUUACAAUUAAGGUGUUGCUGCGAAGUUUCUUUGGUGUGUUUGCCAUAAUGUCUGAAAAAAGUUAACCUCCCAGGUUAGAGAAUGUGAA